AUGUGGCGCACUACCGAGCCACUGUCACUUCCUGACUCUGAUCGCCAUCCACUCAAUAGCACAACGCCCCGGUUCUUACAAUUAUCUAUUGAGAUUCGGCUCCAAAUUUACGCACAGCUAGUCGCAUCUGCUCGUCCAUUCCUCAUUGGCAGAUGCCAGGAUAAGCCUCGUCGCAGUCAUAAUAGUAGUCCUCGCGACUUCUUUCCAGGCGAACACCAUAUUGAGCGAAAUGAUCAACCCAGUCGUCCAACACAGCCGCCGAUAACCAGAGUAUGCCGCCAGAUCCGGGAAGAGAGCCUCCCUCUGUUUUACAGUGAUAACUACUUCUGGCUGAUACACAACGAAUUCCAACCCGAUACAAAUGUUUCGCCUCGGCGCAAUUUCGAUCCAUGGAUAGCUCAGACACCACGUAACAUGUUUGACGUUAUGCGUCAUGUUUCCUUGUGCGGCUAUGUGGCAUGGCCCACUCGUAUUAUGAUAGAUGUGGAUCUCAAGCAUCGCAGUAUCACUCAAGUGCGGUCAUAUUCCACAUACGGCGACGAGCUGAAGACAUAUGAGGUUUUCGUCGAACGUAUCCAGGCGGCCCUUACGGCAGAAGCGCACUCGGAUGGAAUCACUGUGCUCAAAAGCGUACUUUUGGUGUGCGACGGCAUUUGGACCUUGAGUAAAGAACACGUAUCUGCACCUCCUGGAUUGAGCAGAUUAAGAAAGCCACGAUCUGGUCCAGACUAUGAUUGGUAGUGGCUCUGGAAUAGUUUAGGGUUAACGUCAGAAUUCAUGUUCAGUCUACUAGCUGCC